UUAUAUAUACUAGUAAGGAUUUGACAGAAUGGAGCCAGAAUUUAAGUUCAAAUCCCAGCUCCUCUAUUUCCCAGGAGUGUGACCUCGGGCAUCAUGUACCGCAAGUCGUGUGCAUCAUCGGCAGCCUGCCUCAUCGCCUCGGCCGGGUACCAAUCCUUCUGCUCCCCUGGGAAACUGAACUCAGUGUGCAUCAGCUGCUGUAACACCCCUCUUUGCAAUGGGCCCCGGCCCAAGAAACGGAGCAGUUCUGCCUUGGCCCUUCGGCCUGGGCUCCGCACCACCAUCCUGCUCCUCCAAUUAGCCCUCCUCUUGGCUCACUGCUGAAGUUGAAGGAGAUGAUGCUCACCCUUCCUGCAUUGUUCUUCCGGCCCUUCACUCCCUCUGCUCCCCAAGCUUCUCCUGGGUGUCCUUUUAUUCUGGGUGGGGAGGGGAGUGUGUCCUCUUUCUUUCAGUUCCUUUGCCAAUGCAAGAGCUCAGUGUAAAACAUUUUUUGUAAGCUCUGAAUAAAUUCAGUCUGAAUUUUCA